CCCAACAUACACUUCGCAUUUCAGAAGCUGAGGCAAGAUGGCGACUAAAAUAAGCAAAGAGAGUCCACCUCCUUUUGAUUGUCCAACAUGGGCAGGCAAGCCGCCUCCAGGGCUCCAUCUAGACGUGAUGAAGGGAGACAAACUGAUGGAGAAACUGAUCAUAGAUGAAAAGAAGUACUACCUGUUUGGGAGGAACCCUGACUGGUGUGACUUCACCAUUGACCAUCAGUCAUGCUCACGCGUCCACGCUGCCCUGGUCUACCACAAACACCUCAAAAGGGUCUUUCUCAUAGACCUUAACAGCACACACGGUACUUUCCUCGGACACAUCCGCCUGGAGGCACACAAGCCUCAGCAGGUUCCCAUAGACUCUACAAUAUCUUUUGGGGCCUCAACACGGACCUACACCAUCAGAGAGAAACCCCAAACCCAAGGCACCGCUGGCACAGGUGACAGUAAGACAGGAGAGGAUGAGGAGUUGAAGGGACUGCUUGGGCUUCCAGAGGAAGAGACAGAGCUGGAGAACCUGACAGAGUUCAAUACAGCUCACAACAAGCGCAUCUCCCUACUGACCAUAGAGGAAGGUAAUCUGGAAAUCCAGAGGCCUAAGAGGAAACGGAGGAACUCCAGGGUUACCUUCAAUGAAGAGGACUCCAUAAUUAACCCAGAGGAUAUAGACCCCUCGGUGGGACGCUUUAGAAAUAUGGUGCAGACUGCUGUCAUCCCCAUCAAGAAACGUAGAUCAGAGGGCCAAAACACUCUCGGCCUUGAUGACGUGACUUCAAAACGCAUUCACGGCUACAGCUUAGGCGGUGGUCUCUAUGGGGACUUGCCUCCCACCAGUCAUGAGAACCAGCCAACAGGAGCACCAGGAGGCGCUUCUAUGCAGGGAGGGCUUCCUCUGCCAUUCCCCAAUCCAGCACCAGAGGUGGACCUGGCCCCAGAGGCUCCUCAACCCCCUGUCACUCUCAACCCAACACCUGUCACGGCCCCCUACUUACCAGAGACCCACAACGAACCACGCAAAAAGAAGUAUGCCAAAGAAGCUUGGCCAGGCAAAAAACCUACCCCUUCGCUACUCAUCUAACCAGUUUCUUAAAGCUGCUGACUCUCAGGUUCCAGCAGAUACAUCAGGGACUGUGACCUGGCAGAGGUGGAGUCAUUCACCUCGCAAUUUUCUUUUUUUAUUUGUUCAUCAGCACCACUCAUCAUCAUCACAAAAAUGUUCCUGUGGUUUUUCAGAAGAUGUAAUCUACAUUACUAAGUCAGCAGUUGAUAGGUCAGAAAACAACAGAAUUAACAUUUAUUUACAAGAUCCGGAAAUGAGUAUUUGAGCCUCAGAGUGGCAGUUAGAUAUGUAGACGGCUACAUGGAUAUAAUGGGUCACUGAGUUACGUUUUUGAUGUGUUGGAUGUAAAGUUGGAUUUUUUUUUUUUACUAAUUUUUUUUCCACUUUUUGGGAAUUUUGAUAAUGCUGUUAAACAAAUGGCACAAAGUACUUUUAUAUUGGAUAUUUUACUGUGAGAAGUCAGAUAAGCCAGAGAAUCCAUACAUGAAGUCAGUUUCUAUCAAAACACAGGGCUGCUUUUUAUUUUGAAGACCUAUUGAUAUAAUGUGCUUAAAUGUUUUACUCACUGAAACAUUUCCGUUUCACGUGUUAGACUGAUGUGACAUCAACUGAAUGAAGUGUCUUGUAUUUCUCCUACAAGCCACGAAGGUGAUUUGUGCACAAAUGUUUUCGGGGAAGGUUUGGCUGCAGACUUGCAGAUGUCAUUGUUUUUGGCCUUUUUCACUAAUCUUAACCUUGUCCAAAAUCUAUUUGUGGCAUCUCAUGGAAGUGGUGCUUCUAGUUAUCAAUUUGGAUUCUCCUGCAGAUAAAAGCCAUUUGCGCUGUCCAAACAGUAUGUUGAUCAUAUUUGUCCUUUGGCUUUUCCCACUAUAUUGAGUUUUAAAUGGUUUGACUAUUUUCCCAGCUCCAUUAAACGAUAAAUACAAGGAUUUUACAGUUUUCUACUUGGUGAGUAAUUGGACUGUUAAAUAGCUGAAUUGGAAUGGCAGAAUAGUAACAAAUUCCACCAGAAUAAAAAGUUACUAAAAACUGAAUGAUCUGGAUUUAUUAAGUUUUUAAGUACAAUUAAAUAUAUACAAUAUACUGUUCAUGUUUUGUUUGCCCUGAACUGACUUGAGACAUAGUAACAGUGUCUUUGCACAGUAACAAAAAAAAUAUAUAUAACCGUGUCAAAUGUGUAACGAACAGGCAGAACACCAUGUAAUUGGUUUAUAUAGAGCGUAGGCCAAGUGUGAAGGUCCCAUGAAAUGCUAUUAUUACUUUUUAAGGGUAAUUUUGCUAAUUUAUUUAGCUUUUAUUCAAAGAUGAACAGUAGAGCAGUGACAGUAAAUUACAGGAGUGGGGAAGUGACCUACAGUAGAGGCCCUUAUCUGUAAUAACACCCAAGAUGUUGUGGUCAGAGUGUAUCGUAUUCAUCUUCACCACAAUGCUGCCACAACACCUCUUUGUAGUUCCUUUCGAAAGAAGUGGGACAUUACAUUGAAAGUAACACUCUUAGGUAAACACAGGGGCUAGUAGUUAUAGUUAGAAAGGCGGUUGAAGUUCGUAGAACAUGCAGAAAGAUCGGAUGUGGUCGGACUCAAGGACCUUGUUCGCACCACUAAAAAUGCUGUCCAGGAAGGAGCUGUUUCUAGGAAUUUCUCUGGCCAUUUCAUGGGAUCUUUAAAUAAGAAAAAGGUUGAAGAUCAGAGAUCAAAGGCAGACGUUUACAAACUGUGCUGGUGACUUUUUGUCCUUGUGGGCGUGUGGAUUUUGUAAUCAUAUGACUGUAAAUAAAAAAUGAAUUACUUUUGA